AUGUACUCAGCAAGCACUCGUUCCACAAGAUCCGCCAGGCGCCUGUCCGCAACGUUGCUGCGUGCAAGCACCCGCGCCACCCGCGCUACUCCGCCUGCCGUUCCGCCUCGCUGCGCGCUGGGCCCUGGCCGUCGCCUCUUAUCCACCUCGCCAUCGCACGCCUCUCGCCUCCCUCCGCUGAUUCACCUUCUACUUCUCUCCAACGCUUCCACCCCUAUCUCCUCUCCGUCUCCCCUUGCCCCUCCCCCUACCCGACCUCCCCCCCCCUUCACACCCCCACUGCUCCCUGCAGCGCGCGCAGGCGCGAGCGGCGGUGUCGACGGAGUCGGAGCAGGCGGCCUCUGCGGGGACGCCAGUGCGGCCGCUGCGAGUGAUGAUCUCGGGCGCGCCCGCGUCGGGCAAGGGCACGCAUACGGGCUGACGCACAUCAGUGCGGGCGAUCUGCUGCGCGCGGAGGUGGCAGCGGGCACGGAGGGCGGGCGGCAGGCCAAGGCGCACAUGGACGCGGGGCGCCUCGUGCCGGAUGACGUGGUCGUCACGAUAGUGAAGAACCGCCUAGCACAGGAGGACGCGCAGAGCAGGGGGUGGCUGCUGGACGGCUAUCCGCGCAGCUUGUCGCAGGCGCACGCGCUGCUGGCCCUCGACAUCUCGCCCGACCCGAACUGGGCGUUAGAGCGACUGCCACCCGCACCCACGGUGACUGCACCUGCUCGUCCCCCCAUCUCCCUCGCCCGCUUCCCGCCUACCUGUGCGCGCUGGUGCCCCAUGACACCCCGCUGGCCACGGUGGAGAGGGGUGACCUGCAUCCACACCCUCACCUUCUUCGCCCUCUCCUCUUCUCUCUCCACCCCUUCCUCUGCUCUGUUCCCUACUUGCAUGUGUCUGUGCGUGCCUGUCUGCGUGCAUGCACGGCACGUGCAGGUGCCGCACGAGAUCCUGGUGGAGCGCGUGGUGGGGCGGCGCCUGGACCCCGCCACCAACCGCAUCUACCACCUCUCCUUCUCGCCGCCCGAAUCCGAGGAGAUCGCCGCCCGCCUCACCCAGCGCAGCGACGACACCGAGGAGAAGGUGAAGGCGCGGCUGGAGACACACAACGCCAAUGUGGCCAGCGUGCUCGACAUGUACGCCGGCAAGCUCGUGCAGGUGAACGGGCAUCGGGGCAAGGAGGAGGUGUUUGGCGACAUUGACUCCAUCCUCACCCGCCUGCAACAAGGCCAGCUCUCCUUUGACUAG